UAAGCGGCAAAAACCGCGGCGCCAGAGCGAGGCCAAGCUGACUAGCUCUGCAAAGUCCAGGCCGCGCUGACUCCAGGGACGUGCUGCCGCUUGCACCUUUGCCACCGCAGCCAUCCUUCUUGUUAACUGCCUGCCCCCGUUGUCUCCUCAGUCGCCGUGCCGCAACCGCAACAGCAUUGACAACAACAGCUAAGUGGCCGAUUCGGGACUUGGGGCUGGGAGCCGGGAAGGGCGCAAGGCGCAGACAGCGCACGCCAGCCCGCCAUCUCUAGCAGGAGCAGCCACAGCUGCAGUCACCCCUCCCAGGCAGGAGAGGAAAAUACUGUCGAGGGGCGCAAACUGUCCCACUGCCCAGGGUCAGAGUUACAGCGUUUCUGUCAAUCCCUGGUGAGAGCCUUUAGCUUGGGGAAGGUAGGACGGACCCCGUCUCUGAGGUGGAGAAAAAAAAAAAUCUCACACUGGAUAGUGUUGACUUUUUUGUCACACUAAUCAACAAGCCGCAGCUUUGCCUAAGUCCCCUUAAACCGUGAGCCAUGUCUCCUCCAACUGUCCCUCCGAUGGGGGUAGAUGGCGUGUCCGCAUACCUGAUGAAGAAAAGGCACACCCACAAGAAGCAGCGGCGUAAGCCCACUUUUCUCACUCGUAGGAACAUCGUGGGCUGCCGCAUUCAACAUGGGUGGAAGGAAGGCAACGAGCCUGUGGAGCAGUGGAAGGGCACCGUGCUUGAGCAGGUUUCCGUGAAGCCCACUCUCUACAUCAUUAAAUAUGAUGGCAAAGAUAGUGUGUAUGGACUAGAACUGCAUCGAGAUAAGAGAGUUUUAGCACUAGAGAUUCUUCCUGAGAGAGUACCAAGUCCUCGCAUCGAUUCGCGCCUGGCAGAUUCCCUGAUUGGCAAGGCAGUGGGGCAUGUGUUUGAAGGCGAGCAUGGCACCAAAGAUGAGUGGAAGGGUAUGGUUCUGGCGCGAGCUCCCGUGAUGGAUACUUGGUUUUACAUAACCUACGAGAAAGAUCCGGUCCUCUAUAUGUACACUCUGCUGGAUGACUACAAAGAUGGUGACUUACGCAUCAUUCCAGAUUCCAACUACUAUUUCCCCACCGCAGAACAGGAGCCCGGGGAGGUGGUCGACAGUCUCGUGGGAAAACAGGUGGAACACGCAAAAGAUGACGGAUCCAAGAGAACCGGCAUUUUCAUCCAUCAAGUGGUGGCCAAGCCAUCUGUCUAUUUUAUUAAGUUUGAUGAUGAUAUUCACAUCUAUGUCUAUGGUUUGGUCAAAACUCCCUAAAUUCAUUGUGGUCUUUGCAAAAAUUGUGGAAACAUUAGAUGUAAAAUGUUUCGACUUCGCCUGCUUGUGAACUUUGAGAAAAGUUUUGGUGUCAAAUUCAGGAAAGUGGCUUAAUUUUAUUAUAUCUCGAAAUCUUACAUUGACUAAUUCCACAGUUUUGCCCCAAGUGUAUUUCCGUACUUUUGAUAUUGUUUUCUUUUGUAAUUUAAAAUUUAAAUUGGGUGCUACUAGAAAAAUUUUUAAAAAGUUUGCAAGCAUUGUAACAAUACAACAGUAGAAUAAGAAAAAUCAAUGUUAUGUCAGCAUUAACAAGCCUUUCCUUAUCUCUCUCCUCUGUUCUGCCCAGGUAACAAGUUUUGAGAUACCCUUCUAUAUAUUUUCCCAUCUUCAUACAGAAAAUCUUUUGUAAUAAUUUCGUUAAAAAUGAUAAGCCAUAUGCAUUUCCUUUUAUUUGCUUUUUUCACUAGAAAAAUAGAUGACAUCCCACCUGAUCAGCAGCUACAGUCUCUUUGUCACUCAUUUCCCUCUCUCUUUCCCCUAUUUCCACCCCCCUCCAUAAGCAACUGCAUAUAGAGUAUAUGUGGAUGUACUGAAAAGGUACUCAAUCAAAAAGGUAUUCAACUAACUAUUCCAUUAUUGAUGGCUAUUUGUUUCUUUUUUUCUCCAUUUUAGCACUGCUGCAAUAUAUUUUGGUGGUUUUAUUUCUAUAGGUUGGGUUCCUAGAAAUGCUAGGUAGGUGUAUGUUAAAGAAUUAUUACAAGAGUACCAUCCAUAAAUCAAGUGCCUAUUUCCGGCAUACUCUCCAGCACUCUUUAAUUCUUUAAAAUCAGAAAGGUGAAAAUUAUUUGAUAUUACAUUUUACUUUGAUUGGGUUUUGUCUGACUUUAAUGGAGAUUUGCUUGUUUUUAUUUUCUAUUUAGAUCUUUCUGUUUUGUGAUUUGCCACUUCUUUCUUAUCUAUUGAAUUUUUCAUCCUUUCCUUAUAUAUUUGUAGGAAUUCUUACUACAUAGCAUUUAAUCAUCUGUAGAUCAUAUGUGUUAUGAUUUUUAUAUCCUGUCAUUGAUCUUAACCAUUGAUGAUAUCUUUUACUUUAAAUUAAAAAAAUUAGGUAUACCACUAUGUGUUUUAUAGAUUUUGGUUUCCUCUCUUUUUCAGGUAGAUGCUGCCACCCCAACUGCUACAAGUCUUCAACUACUUUUUUAAAAAAUCUUUUUUAUUAUUUUGAGCUUAAAUGUUUCAUCUACCUGAAAUUUAUUUUUAUCCAAGGAUGUGGUACAACAUAGAGAUCCAGCUUUACAUUUUGUUCACAGUGGAUAUCAGUACCAUUUAUUUUACAAUGGCCAUUUUCAAAUGCUUGAGCCAAAAUCAAAAAAUUUAAUUAGGUAGAACUGACCAUAGAUUUUACAAUCUAGUAAAGCAAAUCUUUGUUAGUUUUUUAAAAAUAUGAUUUUCCAUAGAUAUUCAUUCUUUCAUAUGAAAAUUGAAAGUAUUAUCUCAACAAUUAAAAGUCUGAUAUCUUAAUAAGAACUGUGUUAAAUUUCUGCAUUCCUGAUUAGAGGAUCAGUUACUAACAUUAAUCCUGAACACUCAAGAGUUUUGGUGCCUAACUGAAAUAUUUUGGCCUUGUUUUUGUAAUAUUCUUCAUAUAGAUCCAUCGUAUUUGAUUGAAUUCAUUUCUAAGUAUUACAAUUGUCACACUUUGACAUUAGGAAUUGAAUAUUUUUCCUUAUUUGUAACUUCUUAUUUUUGGCAAUAUAGAAAAUCAACAGAUUUUUAUAUUAUUACCUUCUAUCUAAUGAAUUAUUUAAUCAUCUGAAUUACAAUAGUUUUUUUUUCAAAAUGGAAUAUAGUAGACUUUCUAGAUAUGCAAUCAUUUUAUCUGCAAAUAGAUAUAAUUUUAUUUCUUCUAAUGUUUAUACUGAUUAUUAUAUUACCUGGAUUCUCCAAAGCAGUGUUGCAUAAUGAUGAUGACAGACAUGUCUGUCCUAUUAUUAAUUUUCAUGGAAAUGUCUUUAGUGUUCCUUAUUAGUAUGAUAUGUAAUAUUGGUUAUUGGUAAAAACUCAACAUAUUUCAGAGUGUCUUCUUUCUUUUUUUACAUAAUGCUGUUAUUGUCAGAUGUAGCUCCUGGGUUUCAUCAAAUAUCUUUUCAGCAUCUGUUGAUUAAAUUGUUGAUGCAAUGAGUUAGAAUAACAGGUGUUUGAUGUUGAAUCAAACCUAUAUUUAUGGAAUAGAUCCUACUCAAUUACGGUGAAAUGAUCAUUUUUUUGCUACAGUGCUGGAUUUUUUAACCAAUAUUUUAUUUAGAAUUAGCAAAAUUACAUUCCAAAGUGACAUUGUACUUUUCUUAUACUGUCAUUAUCAAGUUUUAUUAUUAAGAUUGUGCUAGCUUUAAAAAGUAUGAAUUGGUGAGUUUGCAAUCUUUUUCUGUGGUCCGGAAUAGUUUAAAUAGCAUUAGAACCAUUGGUUCUUUGAAAGUUAGCUAAUACAAAGCUGUAAAGCACUCUAAUCCUGGUAACACCUUUAAUGAUAGAUCUUUAAUUGGCUUUCUGAAUACUUCAAUGGUAAUUGGCUUAUUCCAGCUUUUUUUAAGAAAAGAUAAAAUGGAAUAUACUCUCUGAACUACAAAAUUCAAUGCUGUUUCUAUUAACAGGUGUGUUGAUCAGAUUAUUCAGAUGCUUUAUGUCCUUGUGUAUUUUAUGUCAACUAGAUCUGUCCAGUUCUGAAAAUGUCAUAAUAAAACCACCAGCUAUAAUGGUGAUUUAAAUUCUC